AUGGCCAGCGGCAGAGCUUCGGACAGUGAGGAGGCGCCGGUGCCCCAGGAGCAGGAGGAGGAGGAGGAGGCGGGCCCGAACGCCCAUUACCUGCGCAGCCCCUCGCCCAGCCGGUAUUCAGUGAUAUCAGACACUGACACAGAGAGCAUCUUCAUGGAGCCAAUCCAUCUGUCAUCUGCUGUGGCUGCCAAACAAAUCAUCAGUGAAGAGCUGAAGACAAAGGAUGUCAGGGUGGACUCGGUGUGUCCCAGGAUGCUGGAGUCUGCGCAGCAGCUGAUGGUGGAAGACCUGUACAACCGAGUUAAGGAGAAGAUUGAUGACACCAGCUUGUUUAACACGCCGUGUGUGAUGGACUUGCAGAGGGCACUCAUGAAGGACAGGCUGGAGACCCCCAGGGAUGCUGUGGAUGAAGUCUGGCCUAAUGUCUUCAUAGCAGAAAAAAGUGUUGCAGUGAACAAAAGCCGUUUGAAGAGACUGGGGAUCACCCAUGUCCUGAAUGCAGCUCAUGGCACAGGUGUCUACACAGGAGCAAGUUUCUACAAUGGUCUCAAUAUCCAGUACCUGGGCAUUGAAGUGGAUGAUUUUCCAGAUGCAGAUAUCUCCAAACACUUCCGCCCAGCUGCAGAGUUCCUUGACGAAGCCCUGCUGACUUACAGAGGCAGAAUCCUUGUCAGCAGUGAGAUGGGGAUGAGCCGCUCAGCUGUGCUGGUGGCUGCCUACCUGAUGAUCUACCACCACAUGACUGUUCUGGAGGCUCUGAUGACCCUGAGGAAGAAGCGUGCCAUCUACCCCAACGACGGCUUCCUGAAGCAGCUGCGGGAGCUCAACGAGCAGCUCUUGGAGGAGAGAGAGCUGGAGCAUUCUGGAGAUGAGGAUGUGACUCCAAGCCAAAGUCCUCUUCCCUGUGCAGGGACUUCUUCACGGCUCUCUGGAGCUGGGGACUCGGGGAGCAUCAAGGGAGCCAAAGCCCACUCCAUCACAGUAGAAGAAGAGGACACCAGCAGCAUUCUGGGUAGUUUUAUGAGCUCUUCAUCAGUGGAAAAAACUAGCUGGGUUUCCAAACACUCCACCCUGAUCACUGAGGAGGAAGAGGAACAAUUGUAUGAGGAAUGGAGGAAGAAACAAGGCCUAUCUGUAAAGGAAGCAGGAGUUCACCAUGAAAGAAGAGCAUCUCCAAAGCAUCUGGAUCAGGAAGAGGAACAAUCUGAUGAGGAUGUGGAACGGAGGAUUCACGAUUGGCAGCGCAGAAAUGAGAAAUACCAGAUGGCAGGUACAGCCAGGGAGGAGGAUGGUGAAUGCAGCAUGGGAGGAAGACCUUACCCAUCAGGUGAAUUCAGUGAUGUUGAGAGCGUGAGCAGUUUUGAGAUCCGAACCCUAAAAAAGCAGCUGGAAGCCAGUAGCUUUAGCAGGAUGAGGAGGAGCCGCACAGACUCUGUGUCUUCUGAGAGCACCUGGGACAUGUGGAAUCAGAGGCUUCUGGAGAUUGAGAAAGAAGCUGCUCAGAGGUAUCAUUCUAGGAAUAAAACCUGUGGGGAAAGACAAUCCCCAGAAACGGGAAGAAAGGAGAGGGAUGUGGAUGAGGAGAGUGUGCUUUCAGACUCCUCCUGUAGCUCCUUCUACAAUUUCUGCCAAAAGAACAAGGACAAGUUGACCCCUCUAGAAAGGUGGAAGGUCAAGAGGAUCCAGUUUGGCUUUCACAAGAAGGAUUUAGAACCAUCAUCUGCACCAUCUCCAGCAGAGGAUGGCAGCCAGGCAGGUCAGGAGGAAACAGAAGGGAAGAGUUUGUCAGAUAUUGAUCUGACUGCUUACCAGGCUUGGAAAAUGAAGCGGCAGAAGAAGGUGGGCAGUGAAAGCAGCAAGGAGGAAUUUGUGGAAUUUGCCAAAACUGAGGAUUCUGCUUCAGCUAAAAAGAGGCAGAGGCGUGUAGAGCUCCUUGAACGUUCAAAGAAAAUUUUAGAAGAAAGCCAGUCCAUGUGCAGCUGGGAGACAGAGAGCACAAUGAGUGGGAGUAUUCCCCUGUCAGCUUUCUGGUCUUCAGCGCCUUCUGCAAGCGGUGCCGACGAUGCAGCUUCUGCCCUGAGCAUGCAGACAAAUCAUUCAUCUUUGUCACAGGCCAGGAGUUGUACUGGAGCAACACAGAUGCCAAAUAUACCCCUUCCCAAUCUCCCAGUUGGCCCAGGUGACACAAUAUCCAUGGCGAGCAUUCAGAACUGGAUCGCUAACGUGGUCAGUGAAACCAUUGCUCAAAAGCAGAAUGAGAUCCAGAUGCUGUCCCGUCCAUCGUCUGCCAUGGCCUCCCUGUCAGGAGACCUUGGCAGGCGAGCAGAUGAUGACAAAGUUUCUCUUCUUAGUGCUCAGAGUGGCUCAUCCCUGGCUGCCUCUCAGCUCCACCAGCAGGACCUGCGCAGGGCUGAGUCUCAGUCUGUGCUGUCCUGCAACACCGCCGUGAGCGCAAGGACAGAAGGGACUGCUUCAAACAUGAAGAUGAGCCAGACAAGCAAACCACUGUAUAGCCUCUUUGCUGAUGAUGUUGACCUAAAGAAACUCAGGAGGAAGGAGAAAGAGAUGCAAAUGGAAAUGAGAGAAAAAAUGUCAGACUAUCAAAUUGAAAAGGUGAUCAGAGACAAUAAACGCAGCACUUUAUUUAAAAAAAAGGUGACCAAAGCAGAGGAAGAUGAAACAGAAGAUGACAGAGAGAGUACAACAAACAGCCACAGGCGUCCCUUGCAAGCAGAUUUGGACAGAACUGAUGCAGUCUUUGAUCUGUCCAGUCAACCUGCAGCCUCAGGUGCACCAAAGUCAGAGGUAGAUACUGAUAUUACCAAGUGGCUCAAUGGCCUGAAAGCAGAAAGAGAACCACCGUCAUAUUAUGAUCAGACUGAGAAAGCUAGAGAGAAAUAUAGAUCAUCCAGAGUUAGACAGAUGGAUUCUGAGACAUCCAGUUACAGAUUCUGCAGAUCCCAAAGAAAAGAGCUAGAUAGCUGUUCUUCCUACGAGUCAACAGGAGAUUCACUGAGAACCAUGUCAAGAUUUUCCUCUGCUUCUGCAAAAGAGGACAAAAAGAUGUACAAGUUCACAAGGUCCAGGGUCAGUGAGACAAGUUCCAGAGGAAGCAGCCCAGAUCUGCAUGUUUUCAGCCAGUCACCUGAACCACCCUUUGACUCUGAAUCCCCUGAGCCAUCUACACAAAGCCGAGUGAGAGCUCAUCACGUGGAGGCAUGUGAAGAGGAGGCCAGGUCAGACGUGUCAGAGUGUGGAGCAAAGAGAAAGUUCACCCAAAGCUUUUCAAAGUCUGAAGAGGAUGGAAAGAAGGAGGCAAAAGUGGAGCAAAGUGAAGAAAGGUUUGCAUCUAGGCAGGUCUCUCAGUACAGGCGAAGCACACGUAAAGAAGAGGAAGAAGAGAUGGAUGAUGAUGCCAUUAUUGCUGCUUGGAGAAGCCGACUAGAAGAAACUACAGCAAAGCUCCAGCGGAGAAGGGAAGAGUGACCAAGAUCAGACUCCAGGAACACAAGCAGAGCCACAGAGUCCCUGAAUCACUCACUCAUCAUUAUAUUUUGAUAAUCCUUUGUGGUUUGUAGGGCAUUUCCUGCAGAUAGUUCUCUUCUUAAUCAAAAGCGAUGAAGGGAAGAGGUCAAGUUCUGCAAGUGUUUGUGGUUUGUCAGAAAGAAGAUGCUGGUAUUAAAUGAUCAAUGUAGGUAGGAACACAAUGUUAGAAGCCAUUAGGAGCCAGACGAUGUUUCAGCAGCAAAAGCAGGUAACGGUGACACCUCAAGUCAAAAGACCAAUCACAUCCCAUUUUGGUUAUUUCAAUUUCCUAGUGUCGUUAAAGAGUGGACGUGUUUUUUCUAGGAUCUUUUUGAUCAUAAAUGGAAGAAGCCAACAGCCUUUUCUAGGAACUUAAAAAAUGUUUUUCUCUUAAUCAGUUUUACAUUUUACGACUGAGAAGAUAUUACCAGAUAGGCUCCAUUUUCUGCACCAGCCUUACAAAUGUCUAGAGAAGUAAGACAGUUCAGGUUUAUAUGUGUUCUGUUUUACUUUACUAAGUAGCAGAAGCAAAGUGGAAUAUUUGAAAAAAGAAGAUGCCUCCUGUUUAGAAGUUAAGUGCAGUAAUGAAUGUAUUCAUUGUUUCCCAUUAGAUAAAGUCAUCUCUGCUCCAGUAUGGUUGGUUCCUCCUAAUAACUUCAGGUCAACAAAGGAAAAACACAGUAAUAUAAGCAGCCAUCCGAAAAUCUUUGUUUAAUGUAGUUAAAGAGAUAGAGUUAGGAUUAGUGUUAGUGUAGGCUGGGUUUCUGAGUAUUGACUUCACUUUGGUUUAUAUGCAGCUCAGCUAAAUUGGUGCUUUUGUGUUUAUAGUCAGAUUAAUUUUCAACAUGAUUGCCUUGAAAGAAAAGAGCAAUACACAAACUGACCUCAUAAUAAAAUUGUUUAAUCAGACCAUAGGUGUAAGGUAUCGUGCAGCUAAGGAGAAAUUGUGUGUCUGUGAAGGGGGCACCUGGAAGCUUGUUUUUAGGAGGCGCUGGUAGGUUCAAAUGGCAUCUUCCAGUUAAAGUGUUCUUAUAUCCUGAGCUACCCAGGAAGAAGCCCAGCCUCCAUGGUAACUGAGUACUCCAGGAUAAGAGCCUCGGGUCUUUCCAUGCCCUGCAGAGCCUUGUGAGCCUGUGUGACACAGCCCACCAGCUUGCCACAGCAUCACUUGUGUGUCUUUCCACACCACAGCACCCAACCCUCACCAGUCAACAUCCUCCACCUCUCUCUUGUAAGCACAUAGGCCGGUUUCCACUGACUUUGGCUCAGGAAUUGUCAGUUCUCUCUUCUGUACAGACUGUAUUUUGAACCAACAAAGCCCUCUGGCAGAGCUGAAUCUAAAACAACAAUGGAGGGAUGAUGCAGUAGCGCUCUCUCACAGGAAGUUUGUCUUUUCCUUGUAAUCUCUUCUCCCUCCCACUGUGAUGCUUAGAGCUCACCAUUACCAUUAUGCUAGUACCUCUCCCUAUUUUAAUUGUGUAAUACAGACAGCAAGCUCCACAGGGCAAGGGCCUGCUCUUUGUCCCUGUCUGUAUGGCGCUACGCACAUCAGCAAUGCUAUCUAAAUAAUGGUUACUGAUAACAAAAUGCAGCUGGCAAUUUUCCUAAACUUAGAAUCAUUUCUCUCAACUAUAACUCACUGAUCAGACAUUAUCCCUGCUUCUCUGAAGAUAAAGAUGAUUCUUUCUGACAGCCAGGACUGGGGUAAAUGAUAGCUACUUAUUGUCAGGUGAAUGGAGUCUCACAAUCAGGUGAUUAACCAGUAACAAAGGUAGAAAAAAUAUGAGAAAUCACUUACUUGUGUGGGUUG